AUGGCUUUUGCUGUUAUCCCUAAUCCCACAUUCUGUUCUCACAUUUCUCCGCAUGCAGGCAAGGCCACCUCGUCGCUUGAGUAUAACAAUAAUCUAGGUCUUUUUUCUUUCUUUUCUUCUGUGUCUGACUUUAUUUCUUCUUUGGUUUAUACUUUCUUUCAUCCUUUCUUUCAUUCAUUCGUUCAUUCUUUCUUUCUUUCUUUCUUUCUUUCUUUCCUUCUGUUUUUUCUCCAUUUUUUUCUUGUUCUGAUCACAUUUUUUUACUUUGUUCAUCUAAUUUCUUUCUUUCUUUCUUUCUUUCUUUCUUUUCUCUCUUUCUUUGUUUCCUUCUUUCUUUCUUUCUUUCUAUUUGUUUUCUGCCCACUACACCCAUCUCUUCUUUCUUUCUUUCUUUCUUUCUUUCUUUCUUUCUUUCUUUCCACUUUAAAAAUUAUUAACCUUUUUGUUCUGUCUUCCUCUCUCUUGUUCUUUCUUUCUUUCUUUCUUUCUUUCUUUCUUUCUUACCACUUCUUUCUCUUUAUCCAUGACCAUAACACUUUCUUUCUUUCUUUUUUUUCUUUCUUGCUUACCAUUUCUUUCUCUUUAUCUAUAAAAAUUAUCCUUUUCUUUCUUUCUUUCUUUCUUUCUUUCUUUCUUUCUUUUUGUUUACCACUUGUUUCUCUCCAUCCAAGUUUGUUCUUCCUCCUCCUAAUUCUUUCUUUCUGGCUUACAACUUCUUUCACUUUAUCCAUGUUUGUUGAUUUGCUUCCACUACUUUGCUUCCACUACUACCCUCUCAUCUUUCAUUCUUUCUUUCUUUCUUUCCUUCUUUUUCACAACUCUUUUAUACUUUCCCUAUUUUUGGAAAAUUAUUAUCCCUUUCUUUCUUUCUUUCUUUCUUUCUUUCUUUCUCACACUUCACAUUAUUUUAUCUUUUCUAUUUUCCAUUGCAAAUUCUUUCUUUCUUUCUUUCUUUCUUUCUUACUUUCUUACUUACUUUCUUUCUUUCUUUCUUUUCUUUCUUUCUUUCUUUCUCUUUGUAUUCUUUUAACAUUCUCCUUUCUUUAA